AUGUCGCUGCUGCGAAACGAGGCUGUGACCAACGGGCGAUGUCGAUGGCGCCCACCUACGACCCUGCCGCAGUGGAGGCUUGCGCCGCUUCUCUGCCACGCCGAGGACGACCUGAUUACUCUGCUGAGCUCGGGCGCCGUGGCGGCCGAGUCGUACGAAGGCGUGGAGCGUAUCGCGGUUUCACUCCAUCAGAUCUUCGGCCUGUUGGCCCAGGCUGUGACCAAGGACGGCGGGGCCAAGCUCGAAGCCUACGACCCUGCCGCAGUGGAGGUCCAUGUCGUGUUCCGGCUCGCGCACUGGGUCCUCGAUGCACUGCCGUCGCUCCCUGUUGCCGAAGUGGAGCGGACCGGUCUCCCACUAGC